AUGGUCCAGGCAAAAUUCUCCCGCUUGGUACGCUUUAUCGCCGACGACGAUACAGAGUACUACGGUGAUGCGGGCGAAUCAACAGAUGGCAGUUUUAGUACUGCUCGAGUCAUCGAAGGGAACAUCUUCGAUAAAUUCGAAGUCACCAGCAAUGUGAAGAAGAUCAAAAAACUCGUUGCUCCUCUGAAUCGAAGCACUACACAUAUAGUCCGUGGCUUUGGAGUUGCCUAUAAAGGCGUGCCGGAAAAGAUGGGUUUCAAAUUUCCUGAGUAUCCAGUUCUCUUUUACAAACCUGUCACAGCAAUCAUCGGACCGUUCGAUGACGUUCCUAUUGAUUUGUCAAGCCAGGAUGAUGGACUGGAUUGUGAAGUCGAGCUCGUUGUGGUCAUUGGCAAAGAGGCGCUCAACGUGCCGGAAGAGGAUGCGCUGAAAUACGUGCUGGGGUACACAGUUGGUAACGAUAUGACCCAUCACGGUUGGAUGCGCAAGGGCAACAGGAUGGGCGCCCUGGGCAAGAAUUGUGACGGCUGGUGUCCGAUAGGGCCUUGCAUCAUCCCCACUGAUGCUGUGGAGGACGUUCAGAAGAUGCGCCUCUGGACGAAGAUCAAUGGGGAACUGAUACAGGAUGGUUCAACCAAAGAUAUGAUCUUUUCAAUAGCGCGUUUGGUCUCAUUUUCGUCUCAAGGGACGACACUGUUGCCUGGGGACAUCAUACUGACUGGAACACCGCUGGGCGCUCGGGCUGUUUUGAAUCCUCCGAUUUGGUUGCAUGACGGUGAUGUGAUGGAAUUGGGCAUCGAGAAGAUAGGUACCAUCAAGAACAAGAUCACCUUCAAGAAAUAG